UUGAAGAAGCUCACUACCAGGUGGCAGUAUAGAAAGUAGUUCGUUGAUGAUGUGUGGUACAUCUGUUUCGUCAAACAAAACAAGAUAAAUACAGUGCACUUUGUUGUCAUUCUUACACGGAACAACUAGAAAUGCGGGUAGACAGAUCGGACUAGCCGAUGAGCUCCUGGUUCGUCUGAGAGCCUUAACAUCGCAAGUUCUACAAUGGCAGAAGGGGGUGGAAACUGGUGGGAUUCUUGGUAUAAUGCGGCUAAAUCCAAGUCUGCAGAAGUGCUGGAGUUUGUUAAAAGAGACUUGGAUGAGUUUUCAACAGCUGUCAAAAGUGAAGCGAGUAAUGUUGUCACCAGCACUACCUCUGCCCUGAAAGAUAAGUUGAAGCUGGAUGAACCAGAAUCAACAGCGAACACAGUGAAGCGUAGUUUCUCGUCAUUCCUGGGCCAGAUGAGUAAUGUGCUGAAUCCAAGUCCACAGGAUGAUGACGAGGAAGCAAUUGUCAUAUUUGAUGCCGAACCUGUCCCACUUACAAAAUUUCAGGCUAAAUUGCAUUCCAUAAUUCUUGACCCCAACACUUUUAUUACUGACCCUGAUGAGAAAUAUACUCAGCAAUAUGAAGCUUGGUUGGAAAUUAUUGAAGAUCAGUUAACUACAGAGCGACUUUCUAAGUUGAUGGCAGCAAGUCCAGAUUUGCAUCAGCAGUACACAAAACUUGUUCCAGAACAGGUGUCCCACAUAUUAUUCUGGCAAAGGUACCUAUUCCGGAAAGCGUUGCUGGAAGAUGAGGAAGCAAGAAGAGAGGCACUUGAAAGAAGAGCUGAGAGAGAAAGAAAAGCAGCAGAACAGUUCCAGUGGGAGAAAGAACAAGACUUUGGACCCAACAUAGAGCUUUCAGAAGAGGAGCAGAUACGCAUAUUACAAGAAUAUGAAAAAGAGUGUGAAGAAAAAAGACUGAAACAGGAUCAGGAGACCUUGCUAGAUUCCAGUUUUAAAUUCAAUCACUACUCAGAUAUAAAUGGCAGUUUGGUACUUCCAAGCUCAUCUUUAAAAGGGGCAGAUGUUGACAUUGUUGAAACAACAGAUGACAUCAAGAGAGGAUUCUGCGACAAAGACUCAGAUGAUAUUGAUUCAUUAGAAAAGGACUGUAUUGGAAUGUUGCAAACUAGAGAGAAAAAGGACAUGGUUGUAGUUGGAUAUUCUCCAAGUGGUCAUACUUCAUCUUGCUCUGGUGACAAAGAAAGUAAUGAUGAUGACUGGGAAAGAGAAUUUGACAUUGAAGAGAGUGAUCUUGAGGCAACAACAGAACAAAAAGGUGUCGAGAGUGUUUCUGGGCGAUAAACUAUACAUUUCACACUAUUAUAAAUCAUGGUUGUGCCCUGAUAUAUACAGGAACAUGGUACCUGUAACAUUAUGGCUCCAUCUACUGAGUUUUAUCAUAUGUUGUUCAGAAGCAAAAAUGAUAUAUUCAUUUAACUUCUAUGGUUAUUCUUUGUUAUGCAUGAAAGACAAUAUUGUCAAUUUUCUUUCCUCCGAUUCAACAGAUGAACUGUGUAUACAGACAGGAAGGUCUUAUACAGUGCAAAUGCUCACUUGUUUAUAGAAAAUAAUUUCUUUUCUUCUGUGUUUGUUUUUACACUUGUGUUUCAUAUUUGUAGAUAGACAUUUUUAAGUUUUUUGUGUGAAUUUUAAAAUUUAUCUCAUGGAUUUUAUCCUUUGUUAUGUAUGUUAAGGAGCACAAUUUUUUUUUAU